CUACCAUUUACCAGCGAGAGAAGAAGAACAACAAAAGCAGCCACAUAUUUUCAGGGUAGCAACACACACAUCAUCAUCUCCUGUCUCUGGGUUUACAGUUCCUCUGACCCACAAAAAUGUGACUGAAACCAAAUAGAGUUUUGCGAUCUGAAGGCGUGUGUGGAGUAGUAGUUUGUCAGAUGUAACGCUGUUAUUUGUCUUCCAUUGUUUGUGAAUAUUGCAGCUAAGCUAGCCCGGAGGUUAGCUCUUUUUUAACCUGCUCUAACCCAGGAUAAUCAUCCGGUGUUUACCUGUCUUUAGUUACCCAACACCUCUCCCUCACCCUGUCCGCUGCUGAGCAUCCGGGUAAUAAGUGAUGGGGAGUCUGAGCAGUAGGUUCCAGUCCCCGUCUCAGGGACAAGAGGAGGCUGCUGAGGGCAUAAGUACUAGCCACAAGCAUGGCUGUGAUUGUAAGAAGAGGAAACGAAAUGCCCAGUGUGACUGUGACAGUGAACAAGAGGAGGACGAUGCCAUUUUAGAUACACCUCGCAGGAAGAAAUUGAAAAGCACAUCCCGAUACAUUUAUCAGACUUUGUUCCUAAAUGGAGAAAACAGCGAUAUUCGCAUCUGUGCUCUGGGACAGGAGUGGAACCUCCACAAAGUUUAUCUGUGCCAGUCAGGGUAUUUCUCCAGCAUGUUCAGUGGUUCUUGGAAAGAGUCCAACAUGAUGGAAAUCAACUUGGAGAUCCCUGAUCAGAACAUCGACACUGAAGCUCUACAAGUCGUAUUUGGAUCGUUGUACCGGGAUGAUGUUCUUAUCAAGCCCAGCAGAGUUGUCAGUAUACUUGCCGCUGCUUGUAUGCUACAGCUGGAUGGCUUGAUCCAGCAGUGUGGCGAGACCAUGAAGGAAAACAUCAGUGCGAAGACUGUGUGUGGCUUCUAUGCUUGUGCCAGCAUCUAUGGCUUGGAUUUAGUAAUGAAAAAGUGUCUUGAGUGGCUUCUAAACAACCUGAUGACCCACCAAAAUGUCGACCUGAUGAAAGAACUUGGGACAGAAAUAAUGGAGCAGCUCAUCCAGUCCUCUGACCUGUUUGUCAUGCAGGUAGAGAUGGAUGUGUACACUGCUCUGAAAAAGUGGAUGUUUCUGCAGCUCAAUCCGUCCUGGGAUGGCCCGAUCAAGCAGCUUCUGGCUGACGCUGACGCCUGGCUUUGCAAACGCAGGACAGACCUGUGUGAACAAGAGCCUUUCUUGAACACAGAGGAGGGUGAAUCUUUUUGUUCAGUGUUCAAAUAUGUCCGUCUCCAGUACAUCAUCAAUGAUCUUGCAUCCGCGCGCAUCCUGGAGAGAGACAAUAUUUUGCCCCCUGAUUGGCUAACGUCAGUGUACAAAAACCAGUGGUUCGCUAUGCUCCGGACAGAAUUUGACAAUGAUAACGGUCCACAGGAAGCAAACAAAGAUGAGUUUGAGCUGAGCAGUAUGAGGUGUGGUAGGAAACUCACUAAAGAUGGAGAUUACUGCUGGCGCUGGACAGGCUUUAACUUUGGUUUUGAUCUGCUGGUGACCUACACAAACCGCUUCAUAGUCUUCAAAAGAAAUACUCUGAGUCAGCCAUGUGGGGGCGCUGUGAGUCUGCAACCUCGAAGGCAUCUGGCAUUCAGGUUACGUCUUGCUUCCUUCGAUAGCCGUGGAAAGUUGGUCUGCAGUCGCUCAACAGGUUACCAGCUCCUCACCCUUGAGAAAGACCAGGAGUAUGUUGUGAUGAACCUGGACAGCCGGUUGUUGACAUUCCCCCUCUACGUGUGCUGUAACUUCCUGUAUACGUCGCCUCAUACUGACCCUCGUCCAGAUUCCUCAGAACAGGAAAGCUCUACUCGCACCGUGUCUUGAUACACGUUCAGCUGCCAUUAACUGCAACUAUCCCUCUGGGAACGUGGAGACUCUGGCACACUCUUGUACGUACAAUCCACCGCCACAUAUACCAUCACGCUGACAUUGGACAUACCAUCUGCAUGCUUGUGUGACACAGUGAGGUGUAUGAGGUACAUUGUUUCCAUCCGUGUAUUCUGUGUUUAGGCACAUUGACAGUUUGAUUCACAUGCAUGGGGUUUCCAGCGUUAUGGAGGUAGUGGCCAGGAGGUAUCAGGCCACCUCUGUAUUCAGUGCAGCUUCAAACUUUCGACCUCUGCCAUGAACUGAGUGCACUGGGAGGUCAGACUACCCCCAAAUCACACAUCUCAAUUUAUCCAUGUCUGGGCAUUAUCAUCCUACAAUUUGGGAACAUGAGAAAUCUCCAGUGGAUGAAACUUUUUUUACUGGCCUUUACUGACUUGUGAAGGAUGUUUCACGUGUGUUGCUCGUUCGGACCAAUAUGUAAAUCGAUUGUGGUCAUAGGUGUGGCACUGCAUUCAAAAACUCACCUGUCAUUUGUAAUGAUUUGAAUCAAGAACAGACCAUGUAUGCCAACAGAGUUGUAAACAAUCUGGACAUGUUAUUUCACUUGACUUGUGACUGUACAAUAUAUGCCAACACUUGAAGCCUGUAACAAGAGUUAACUGAGAGAGAGAGAGAGACACAGCCUCUCUGCAACGGCUGCUGUUGAACAUCAGCUGCUAGAGAUUUAACGUCAUACCUGCUGUUACAUUGGUACACAACCCUGCACUACAAGUUGAACGGUCAAAUAAAAGGCAUGUGAUGACUACACAAGGUAACUGAUAGAUGCCGUAAGAGCAGGAAUUUAAGCCUUUUUUUGUCCCUUUCUAACGGCUUGGGGUCCAUCUCCCUAAGUAUUAAGUUUGACAUGUCUCUGUAUUUCUAAUUCAAAACAAAAUGCUUUAUGUGCGUAAGUGUACGAAAGACAUUAUGCAUUUUAAAACCAGAGCCGCUUCUGUUAAUACUUUUAAAUCAGAAAGUCCACCAACUCUUCUGUAAACUGGAGAAAACAGCUCCCAGAAUAUACCCAUUAACUACUAUCCCUGUACUUUGUAAAUAACAUUUACUGCCAUAUUCCAAUUAUAUCAAACACUGCAUUCAAGUUAUAAAAGUAGAGUUGAAAAUCCCAAGUUACUCUUUUGAUAUUAUAGAUGUACCAAAGGUCAAGGUGUUUCUUUGUUUUUUAUUUAUUUUCUACUAAAUUUGUAUGAUUUUUUUUUUUCAAAAAAAAUAUGUAUACAAUUCUCAACAGCCAAUGAAAACUGCCCCUUCACUUCAGCUGUGGUGCUAUCCCAUGAUCCUCUUUUUUCCAAUAUAUAAGAUUUGAACCAACACAAUGGGUUGUGGGGUUUGCAUUAUAUUUACAGUGUGUUUGCUUCUUGAAUUGUUCCAUGUAAAAAGUUCUAUUGCAGUUACCUACAGUGUUGCCUUUCUUGUACCAUUUGUAUAUAUGAGACAGUAAAUGGAUCAUUAAAAUAUAUAAGAAAGCAUAA